ACUAUUCUUCAAUGAAAUCGUCGUGGCGUAAAAUAGCUUGGAGCUCAGCACAGCUCCUAUCAACGGCGUUCUGGAUCGCGGUAAACACGAUUUUCACGACGACCAGAAAUGUCAGUACGGGGACGAUUUGGUGCGCUUGAAGAUGACUUCAUAGUGGUGAUGUCCAGAAGAGGCCAAAGCCGAUCACCGUAGCUGACUCUUUGGUCUGAGAAGGAGUAAGGAGAUUGCGAAAAUGAAUCUUCUAAAUAUGGACGCGGAGAAUCGCGUCGUGCUGAACGUGGGCGGUAUCCGACACGAGACUUACAAGGCGACCCUGAAGAAGAUCCCCGCGACGCGGCUGUCCCGGCUGACGGAGGCGCUCGCCAACUACGACCCGGUGCUCAACGAGUAUUUCUUCGACCGACACCCAGGGGUCUUCGCGCAAGUCCUCAACUACUACAGGACGGGCAAACUGCAUUACCCAACAGACGUUUGCGGUCCACUUUUCGAGGAAGAGCUGGAGUUCUGGGGUCUGGAUGCCAACCAGGUGGAGCCGUGUUGUUGGAUGACUUACACACAGCACCGUGACACUCAAGAAACCCUGGCCGUCCUGGACCGCCUCGACUUGGACACGGAGAAGCCCACUGACGAGGAGGUCGCCCGUAAGUUCGGGUUCGAGGAAGAUUACCUAAAAGGAACCGUUAGCUGGUGGCAACAUCUCAAGCCCCAAAUGUGGUCAUUAUUCGAUGAGCCGUACAGUUCAAAUGCUGCUAAGAUAAUCGGUGUUAUAUCAGUGUUUUUCAUUUGUGUAUCGAUAAUAUCGUUCUGCCUAAAAACGCAUCCAGACAUGAGAGUGCCAGUGAUCAGAAACUAUUCAGUCACGACUGCGAAUCAAACGCAGAGCUGGGCGCUGGACAAAGUGCAGACAAACGCCCACAUCGCGUUCUUUUACAUCGAGUGUGUGUGUAACGCGUGGUUCACAUUGGAGAUCCUAGUCCGUUUCAUAUCCUCUCCAAAUAAAUGUGAAUUCGUCAAAUCCUCGGUCAACAUCAUCGACUACAUAGCCACAAUGAGCUUUUACAUCGACCUCAUUCUCCAAAAGUACGCCUCUCACGUCGAGAACGCUGAUAUCCUCGAGUUCUUCUCGAUUAUUAGGAUUAUGAGGCUCUUUAAGCUGACUAGACAUUCGUCUGGCCUCAAAAUCCUCAUCCAGACUUUUAGAGCUUCUGCCAAGGAGUUGACACUGCUAGUCUUUUUCUUGGUACUGGGUAUUGUGAUUUUCGCAAGUCUGGUGUACUACGCGGAGAGGAUACAGACGAAUCCUCACAAUGACUUCAAUAGUAUACCGCUGGGACUAUGGUGGGCCCUAGUGACUAUGACUACCGUUGGAUAUGGUGACAUGGCGCCGAAAACCUACGUUGGAAUGUUCGUUGGAGCGCUCUGCGCCUUAGCUGGGGUACUGACGAUAGCGCUCCCAGUUCCAGUUAUAGUAUCGAACUUCGCCAUGUACUAUUCGCACACGCAAGCGAGGGCCAAGCUGCCGAAGAAGCGGCGAAGAGUCAUCAACGUGGAACCAACCAGGCCACCUCUCCGUGCCCCAGGAGUGACCGCCCCAGCUGGACCAAUGGCUCCUGGCUUGGGACCUCAAGUCGUCAAUCGACGUAUGAACGCAAUUAAGACCAACCAUCCUAAAGAUAUGAUGGGACCUAACAUGGUUGCAACUCUAAUGCCCGGAAUGGAUCUCUCAGUUACCACACGAUUAACGCCGAGCCCCCGGGAUAUGUCACCGGCACUGGCCAUAGCUCUUCCCAUGAUGAAAUCAGUUAACAUCGUCCCAGUCCAGUGCUUCGACAACAUGGCCUUCCAUAACGACAAAGUCGAGGAGGUCAACAACGAAAAUGACAGCAAGUCGUCGAGCAGAGAGGACUCAGUCGAUAGCGACAACACCAUUCGCGUGAACAUCUACAAAAACGAAAACUAUUUGGAAAAGAUGGAGGAUAAAUCAGACGCCAGGACUCCGUUGUUACGUGAACACAAGAACGAGUCUCUAGACGAGACUAAAUUAAGAACAGAAACGAAAAUUGAAAAGAGAAAAUCAUCCGCAUCAACAUAACAUUACAUUAAUGGUAAGAUGUGACCAAUAAUAACUAAGGAAAUGAAAAACUAUAGUAAAUUCUUCCUUUAUUCGAAGGGACUAUGUUGCUGAAAUGUCUAUGAGUUGUGCUAUACUAAUGUAUGCAAAUAGUAUCAGAGACGAAUGAUCAUGAAGUGAAAAGUAUUUAAUAAAAAGAUGAUCUCGAAUCUCCGAUACUAUUAAUACCUAGAUUUUGUCAUAUAAGUGCAUUGAAGGCCGUGAUAGAAUUAAUAAUAAUAUAUGUAGCUAAGUGUUUAAAGCACUUUACGAUAAACGUUUUUAUAAAACACAUCAUAAAUUAAUCAUAAUAUGCCUAUCACAAUUAGAUUUUAAGUUUUGGAUUGUUAUUGGAACAUGCUCUUUUAAGGAAUCACACACAUGCAUUUAGAAACAGGAAAUCUGCAUUUUGAUAUCGUGUAGAUACAAAAGCAAGAAGAUCUUUUCCCUGACAUGACAACUUUCCCUAAAUU